AUGAAGAAGUUCUCCCGGAUGCCCAAGUCGGAUGGCAGCGGCGGCGGCAGCGGGGCCGGCGGAGGGGGCGGCCCAGGCUGCCCGGGCGGCGGCGGCGGCGGGUCCGGAGCCGGCUCCGGAGCCUCCUCCGUGGGAGUCCGCGUGUUUGCCGUGGGCCGCUACCAGGUCACCCUGGAGGAGCCGCUGGCCGAAGGUGGAUUCUCCACUGUGUUUCUGGUACGGGCACAUGGUGGAAUACGGUGUGCAUUAAAGCGAAUGUAUGUUAAUAACAUGCCUGAUCUGAACAUCUGUAAAAGAGAAAUAACAAUUAUGAAAGAGCUAUCUGGACAUAAGAAUAUUGUGGGUUACUUGGACUGUGCUAUUAAUUCAGUUAGUGAUAAUGUAUGGGAAGUACUCAUCUUAAUGGAGUACUGUCGAGCUGGACAGGUGGUGAAUCAAAUGAAUAAGCGGCUACAGACGGGUUUUACAGAGUUGGAGGUGCUGCAGAUCUUCUGUGAUACCUGUGAGGCUGUGGCCCGGCUGCAUCAGUGCAAGACUCCAAUCCUGCACCGGGACCUCAAGGUAGAAAAUAUUUUGUUGAAUGAUGGUGGAAACUAUGUCCUUUGUGAUUUUGGCAGUGCAACUAAUAAAUUCCUUAAUCCUCAGAAAGAUGGGGUAAAUGUAGUAGAAGAAGAAAUUAAAAAGUAUACGACUCUGUCAUACAGAGCUCCUGAAAUGAUCAACCUUUAUGGAGGGAAGCCUAUUACCACCAAGGCUGAUAUCUGGGCAUUGGGAUGCUUACUGUACAAGCUUUGCUUCUUCACUGUUCCCUUUGGUGAGAGUCAGGUUGCUAUUUGUGAUGGCAGUUUUACUAUCCCUGACAAUUCUCGUUAUUCUCAUAACAUGCACUGCUUAAUAAGGUAUAUGCUUGAACCAGAUCAAGACCAUAGGCCUGAUAUUUUCCAAGUGUCCUAUUUUGCUUUUAAAUUUGCCAAAAAGGAUUGUCCAGUUUCUAACAUCAAUAAUUCUUCUCUUCCUUCAUCUCUUCCUGAACCUUUGACUGCUAGUGAGGCAGCUGCUAGGAAAAACCAAAUAAAAGCCAGAAUAACAGAUACCAUUGGACCAACAGAAACCUCAAUUGCACCAAGACAGAGACCAAAGGCUAAUUCAAGCACUGCCGCUCCUAGCGUGCUAGCGAUUCAGAGCUCGGCCACACCAGUUAAAGUACCUGUUCCUGGUGAAAUUGGUAACCAGCGGCUAAAAGGAACAUUGAAACUUGGAAACAGUCAAGAGAUGGUGUUGCCUCAGGGUCAGCAGCCUCCGCAACAACAUCGAGUAUUGCAACAGUUACAGCAAGGUGACUGGAGAUUGCAGCAGCUUCAUCAUGUGCAUCAUCCGUACCAUUACCAGCAGCCCCAGCUAUUUCAGGAUGCUUAUGUUCAGCAGCAGGCAAUGCAGCAGCAGCAGCAGAUAGUCCAACAACAAUUUUUAAUGCAUUCGAUGUAUCAGCAGCAAUCUUCUGCAUCCCAGUACCCUGCAAUGAUGCAGCAGUAUCAGCAGGCUUUCUUUCAGCAGCAGAUGCUUGCUCAGCAGCAGCAGCAGCAGCCACAGCAGCAACGUUCCCCUGAGUAUCUCACCUCCCCUCAAGAGUUCUCACCAGCCUUAGCUUCCUGUCCUUCAUCUCUGCCUUCCCAGAUUGGAGCCAUAAUAGACUCUUCUUACAAUGCCAAUAGAUCAGUUCCUGAUGCAGAGGCAGCUGCUACUUUCCCGAAUCAGAACCUCAAUAACCCCCCUGACAUGUCGGGCUGGAAUCCAUUUGGAGAGGACAAUUUCUCUAAGCUAACAGAGGAGGAGCUCUUGGACAGAGAGUUUGACCUUCUGAGAUCAAACAGGUUCGAGGAGAGAACAUCCUCAGAUAAGAAUAUAGACUCACUUUCUGCUUCACAGAACCACCCUCCAGAAGAUCCUUUUGGUUCUGUACCUUUCAUUUCUCACCCAGGUUCUCCUGAAAAGAAGGUUGAACAUUCAUCUAGCAGUCAAGAAAAUAGCAUAGGGAACUCCAUCAAAGAUGUAAAAACAAACCAGGUAUCUAAAGGUGACCAGAAUGGAAGAAAAAUUGAAGAUGCCUCUUCAGCAAGGGGGCAUGUGCAGAAGAGGGGCGAUGAAUCUGAAAGUGAUUUUGAAUCAGAUCCUCCAUCUCCCAAGAGCAGUGAAGAUGAAGAACAUGAAGAUGAAGAUGUUCUUCAAGGAGAACAAGGGGAUUUCAAUGAUGAUGACACUGAACCAGAGAAUUUGGGUCAUAGGCCUCUUCUCAUGGAUUCUGAAGAUGAUGAGGAAGAAGAAAAACAUAGCUCUGAUUCAGAUUGUGAUCAUACCAAAGCAAAAUGUGCUGACGGGAGCCCUCUCAGGAGCUACCGAGACCGAGCUGGCAGUGGCCAGGCCAGAGCUCCUGGGAUACCACUCCCUAGCCCAACGCAGCUCCCUUUUGCUGGAGGAAGUGUCACCCCCAGGCAGGAAUUUGAUGUGUUUGGCUCAGUCCCUUUCUUUGUGCUUCAUGCUCAGCAGCCACAGCACAAAGAAACAAAUGAAAAAAACUUGUCCGCACAGACUGUUUUUCACAGUGUGGCAGCAGAGCAGGAUGACUUUGAUGUAUUCACAAAGGCACCCUUCAACAAGAAGGUGACAGUGCAGGAUUGCCCUGGGGCAAGGUCUGAGGCACAGACUCUUCCCAUGUGCCCCAGAAGUGUAGACAUAUUUGGCUGCACUCCCUUUCAGCCCCUGCCCACACCCACACGGGAAAGUGAAAGCAAAGAGGACCUUUUUGGGCUUGUGCCUUUUGAGGAGAUAGCUGGGUGUCAGCAGCAGCAAAAAGUGAAACAGCGAAGCCUGCAGAAACUUUCUUCCCGCCAAAGGCGCAUAAAGCAGGAGGUGUCGAAAAGUAAUGGGAAACGACAUCAUGGUACCCCCACUAGCACCAAGAAGACUUCCAAGCCCACCUACCGGACGCCAGAGAGGGCCCGCAGGCACAAGAAAGUAGGUCGGCGAGAUUCUCAGAGUAGCAAUGAAUUUUUAACUAUAUCAGACUCCAAGGAAAACAUCAGUGUGACACUGACUGACAGUAAAGACAGAGGGAGUGCCCUGCAAUCUGAAGAGAACCUACUGGAUCCUUUUGGUGCCAAACCCUUCCAUCCUCCAGACCUGAUACGGCACCCCUCCCAUCAAGGCCUGAGUGAUAACCGUGGGGACCACGGUACGGCAUUGCCUGGGAGACCGAGGCAGAGCUCGUUACAUGGAUCAUUUCAUAGUGUAGAGGGAUUGAAAAUGGAUGACUUUGGGGCCGUGCCCUUCACAGAACUCGUGAUACAAAGUGUCACACCACAACAGUCCCCGCAGGCCCAGCAAGGAGAGUUAGAUCCAUUUGGUGCUGCUCCAUUUCCUUCUAAGCAGUAGAUGCUUCUAACAAACUUUUUUCAUUGACUCCAAUUUUUAAAAAGUGAAGUUUGUUUUAUGAAUUUUCAAGAAAAUAAUUUGUAUAGCUCUUUGUACCACUCAUUACUGCAGGUCAAUGUAGAAUAGAUUUAAAGUUAUUUGAUUUUGUAUAAACCAAAUGGAAGAGGAAGUAUUUCAACAGGGUAGUAAUUUGGGGCCCUCUGAAUUUGGGGGCUUCUUCUGAAGAGAAGAAAGGGUAGCAGGUAUGAGCCCUAACAAUCAUUUUAGCUGCUAACUUUCUGGCACAGAAAUGAAGGUUAUUUCACUAAACAGUGAUAGAGCCUUUGGAGAUGUUAGCUUCUGCACUUUGUGCUGCCUUUCUACUCCUGGGCCAAUAAAGGAGGAUGGAAAAAAAGGUCUCACAUUUUCUAUGUAUAACAAAGUGAUGCUUCUUGGAUGCACAGCUCUGGCCCAGUCCAAAUCCAGCAUUAGGAAUUAGAUGUACACCCGGGCUGAGUGGAAACAAGUGAAAUCUCGAAAUGAUUAGAAAGCUGUAUGUCUUCAUGUAGAACUCAUUGGCUUCAGAUCUCAUACUUGUAGAGCCAGAGGUGACUGACUUGUGCCUGACAUCUUUUAUUCUUUACAGUAAGUGCCAUUAAUAUAUUUAAAAACUACACAAAUGCCUAAAAUGGAAACUAAAGAUAAAGAGAAUCCUUUGUUUUGAAGAAAAAAAAAAGCAUGAAUGUAGGAAAACUUAGCAGGGAAACCUCCAGCAUAAUCAGCACUUUUGAAAGCGUAUCCAUUAAUUAUGAAGGGCUGAUUUAUCCAGUGCUACAGUAAUGCCCCCGAAAUAGAGCAAAACAUUGAGUGAGGACAAACAAAAGCGAAUUAUGCAUACAUUUUAUUCUAUGAAAAAUUAGGGGAUAUAGCUAAAAUAAUUUCAUUUGAUGAGUGAUUUUAUUGCAGAAAUUUUAUAUAUAAAUCAUGUUGCAUUUAACAUUCUGUUUACUAUCAUAUGUUGCUCAUGUGAAAAUUAUUUUAUUUUUGGAGGGUAAAGUAGUAUUUGCCAAAUGCACUGAGAUGAAGUGCACAUGACACCAGUUAAAAGACAAGCGCAGCAGAGUAGCAAAGUACAGGUAGUUAUCAAAAGUCUGGUCCUGUUCAAUCGGGCAACUUCAUAGCAUACCACAAAGCCUUACAAGGCAGGACCUACACCUGCAACAAGUACCUCCACAUCAGUGAAAGUACCUCUUUUCCAAAAGUUGCACACAGUUCUACUAAAAAGUAAUGCAAAAGCAUCAGGCACUGAGAGGUUAAUUUGUGUCAACCCACUUUGAAUAAAAAGAUCUUAAGUUACCAAAUUAUUUUUCUCAGUACCACAAAUCCUGCUUGGAAACUUGAAAUGUUCACAGAAAUUUUCAUCAUGUCUGUAAGGUAGAAAUUACAAAUGUGAAUGACUGAACAUCUAUGUGAAAGCGCGUAUAUGUAUCUCCGAUGUUCUCACUACUCUUCCUCCCCUCAUUGUCAAAAUGGAUGGAAACAAUUUAAGACUAUUUAAAUGGCUCUUUCCUGAAUUUAGCAUGGGAUUGACAUGGCAACAAUUGGAAAUUUCUGGAAAUUUUCAAGGUAUCCCAAAAAGGGGGAAGGAAAACAAAAUCAGUUUGAAUUCUUGGUUGUUUUGCUUUUAUUUUAAAUUCAGCUCUCUUGGAGCCCUCUUAAUGCAUUUCUAUUAUUAACUGAGUUAAGCCUUCUUGGCAAUAGUACCCAUCGGGAUGUCCCAUUUGGAAGUUUUUGUGGAAAGAAGUCAAAUGUAUAUAUAAUUUAAUUACAUAUCUUUCUCUUUAUUCCUUCAUUUUUUCUGUUUUUUAGAAAACGCAGAAUCAUAUUAAAAGCUGUGCUAAGGUCAAUAUGCAGAAUGCUUUAUAGGGUGUCAGCAGGCUAGCAUUCACAUACUACUUUGACUUGGAACUGAACAUGGUUGUACCGUCAAGACUUUAGCAUAUGUUUCUUCUUUGUGCCAAAGGCAAAUAUGUUUGCACCUGUUUUUAUUUUUUCAAAUUCUCAAGUUGAUUAAAAUAACUCAACUUCAAGUAGAUUUCAGUUAAAAAGAAAAUAUACUGAAAUUACUUAAAAGUGAAAAGAAUUGGAUUUAACAAAUAUUAAACACCCACUGUACCUAAGGUAUUAUGCUAGGCACUGGAAUAUAAUAAAGUUGGGACACAUUUUGCAAGGGGCUUGCAGUCAAAUGGGGGGAAAAGAUGUACCCUAAUAAUUGAGAUGAGAGAGUGGGUGAGAGAGGUGCAAGAAUUAUUCCACAUGGCAAAUUCAUGAGUUAAAAUAGGUGAACAGAAAGUAUCAGGCCAAAUAUGUAUGUAUAGAUACAUACACAUGUAUACCUACACCUUGAUCGAUGUGUACACCAUCUAUCUUUGAUGACAGCUUUAGAUUUUUCGCUCCUGGGUAUGUGCCAGAAUUCAUUACAUUAUUAAACUUUGAAAAGUGGGGCAAUGGUGUGUGUGUCCGUAGUAAUUCUAAGUGAAUUAUAUAGAGAGAGCAAAUCUUGUAACCAUCUCGAAUUUUUAGGUCCUGUUUACUUGCCUUUCAGUGUGGAAACACUUUCAUGGAGGUACUGAAGGUCUUCUUAGGCUUGCCAUGUUGUAUAAGUGAUAACUGCAUUGAAAGGUCUUUAGACAGCACUGUUAAAUUUUUUAUAAUAUACUUAUUCAACGUGGAGUGACCCAACCAAGGGCUUUCUCUUUUUGAAGGGAAAUCCUAAACAAAUUCUAGCCUACCAGUCAGGAUCAACUUACCUCCAGAGACCUGGCAAGUUCUCUUGACAUUGACCCAUUAGCCAUUUUCCAAGGACAGAUGGGCCACUGUUUUCUCUCUUCAUAUUCUUGUUAUCUGUCUCUUGGAAAAGGGCUUAAGUGCAGAUUAUCCCAUUAUGCACAACUCACAAAUAACAUAUAAGGUAUUUGGCAAUUCUCCAUUAAUUCAAGAAGGAAGUUCCCACUUGGAAUUUUGACACUGAUAAAAUCACAGGUUCCUGAGUUAGUCCAAUCUUGGUUAUAGCAAGAAACUUGAGAAAAUUUAUUUUUUUCUUAGUCUUUCUCUUCUUUGCCCUCUUGUACCCCUUUAAUGACUAAGAAAACAGUCUUAACUCCAAAUUCUAGUGCAUCUUAGCAAUAUUGAGGGAUACAAAAUGCUGUCUCUUUUAAACUGACAAAAUUCACUGGUCGAAGUUAAUAGUGUUAUUACAGGUUGCUUGUUAAUGGUUAUUUUUUUUUAAAACUGAUCCAUUUACCUAGCUAUUUUAAUGUUUCUGUCACAUUCACCAUAAAAGCAGCCUAGCACAGUGGAUAGAAAGCCUGUCUUGGAAUGAAGAACUGGAUUCAGGUUCUGCCUGUCCCAUACUGGCUUACGGCAAUGGCUAGGCAAGGACCUGAACUUGUCAGUGCCUUCAGGCAAUUCCCUAAGACUGUAUCUCGCAGAACAGUCGAUGACCUGCAUCCGUAGGAGUUUCCUCACCGAGAGGUCCCUAAUAACAGAUCUUGACCUUGCUUUCAAAACUAUUUUCAUGCUAAAAUAUACUGAAGUAACUUGAUGCGAUGAAAGCCUAUAUUUGCUCAGUUGUUUGUUGGUUGUGCAUUCAGGUAAGGAAAAAUAUGUAGAUACUGGGAAUGAUCAAAUUUUUAUUGAGGAGCAUUAUUGUUCAUGAGGGGAAAAAAAAAGACAUCAAUACAGAAAUAUUGCAGCUUUCUUCCUCUCCUCCUGUUUCCCCCCUCCCCUCAGCUUUAUGUGUAUGUGUGUGUGUAUAUAUGUAUAAAUGUUAUGUGACCAUAUCUGGGGAAGGCAGGUGGAUGCAAUAUUAGUCAUGUCCCAUUUAACAACGAUAAUUAAGUGACAUCUUUUAAUAGAGAAUUGUAAGGAGCCUGUUCUUUUAUUUUAAUGCUCAUUAGGCCCUGAGUAUCUCAGCCACCCUGCUGACCUUUCUAAGAUAUGAAGUAUUGCCCAUUGGCACUGGGUAUCGCAGAGGUACAAUGGUACUAGAAUCCCUUGGAUUAAUCUGUGAUCAAAAAUUACUAGUUCUGGAUUUUGGGUAUAUAAUGGACAUACACAAUAGUAGGUGACCUUUUCAUUUCCCCACUAACGUGUGUGUGUAUGUGUGUAUGUGAAACUACCCGUAGUAGUACUUUUGUCACUGUUAAUCAGAUCCAGAUAGUGACAUGACAUAUCUACUGUGAGAAUGAGAUGACAUGUUUACUGUGAGAACAAUAUAACUAAUAUUGUUUAUCUGGAAAUUUUUAUACUCGUCUUAUUUAUAAAUAUAUACACACAUGCAUGCCCUUAUCAUCACAUGUUACUACUGUAGAGUUAAUGUGAAAUUUUAAAAAAUGUCAUUGCAACAACAAUCAUUUUCAUGACUAGGAGAGAAUCAGUUCCUAGUGAGUGAACAAAAGCCACUAAAUUAAAAAGCAGGAUGCAAAUGCAAAGGGUAAUGUUAGGUAUGUCUUUUUGUUUCAUUUUAAAUAGUGCUACUAUUGAAAGAAAAAAUAAAUGUGUUUCUAUUACUAAGUUGUUUCUGUGAUUGACAUGCCAUCAAAUAGUAAACUGUUUAAAAGCUAUUUUAAAAUUUUUGGCCAACUGCUUUAAGUGCACUUUCUUUGAUUUCAUGUCCUUUUUCGUUGUUGUUAAACUUGAAAUUCCUGGAGAAUUUUUUGUGUACCACUAACCAAUUUUGACUUUUAGACAAAAUUGAUACGUGUAUAUGGAAUGUGCCUGUACUAAGCACUAGGAAAGCAAGCUGGUCCAUGGGUGCAGUGGCAGGUUAGAUGGCAACAAUGAUGGGCCUAGAGGGCAUAAUGGUAGGUGGACCUUCAAGAGCAAUCACAGGGCAGACAGCAAGGCCCACCAUCUUUACAGUACUUCUGUCUUCACACUACUUGUGAUCAUUACAAAAUAUACAUGCCAGAGUGGCUUCAAUUAAUAAAUACAACUGGGAAAUAACUAAAGUUCAUCAUCAGUUAGUUUUCUCUAAGCACUAAAUAGAAAAAAUUUACUACAUACUGUCUUAAUUGCUUGCCAACAUGUCUUUCAUUUUAUUUUAAAUUUUAAAAAUUAUUUUCUAAUUGUAUUUAUCAUACUUGAUGACUAAUAUUCUGUUUCCUUUUAAUGCAAUAAAUUUCAAUUGGAUUCUGUAUUCUGUACAAACAACCAAUGACUAGUGUUUUCUAAUGUAAACUUUGAGGCAUUAAAAUGACAAAUUUGGAUUUUCUGUGACAGUUCCAGGAUAUUCUUCUGUUCUUUGCUAGUAUUGUUAUUAUAAUGGAUGUUCAUAAUGAUGAUGAAGCACAAGUUCUUGAAGUGACUUUUGAAUGAAAGAUUGAACAGUAUUCUGUAUAUUUUUUAGCUUUUCACAGUUUUCAGUUUCUUUGAAAACUGGUAAACCAUGUGAUAGAACAAUUGACCAGAAUUUAACCAAGACCUGUUGACCAUGCCAGAAUUUUAUUUAUAUUAAAGGUAAGGUAUCUGCUA